UUUACUAAGGAAAAUUGUUAAGCAUCAAAAUGGAGAAUACACUGUCUGAUGUUAGAGUUAUCAACACAAAAUUACGAGACUUAAAAACAGAAGACACUCCGAUACCUGGUAUAAAGUUAGCCGAAAAUUUGCGAAAAUCAUUACUCAGAUUAAAAGGAAGGUUUAUAAGUGAAGAUGGGAAGUCAGUAAACUACUUGCAAAUGAAGGAAAGCCCAGAGUUCAGAGCAUAUUUAACAGAUGCAAAUGAUCUAUGCAGAGUUGAUUUAAGCCACAUGUCAGAGGUUGAAAGAAAAGUUUUCUUUUUGAACAUAUAUAACUCGCUAACAAUUCAUGGAUUACUGGAGCAGCCAGCCCUGCCUGACUCUGUUCUCAGCGUUAGACAAUUCUUUAAAACAACAGCAUACAAUAUUGGAGGCCAUGUUUACUCCCUGGAUGAUAUAGAACAUGGUAUCUUGAGAUGUAACAAUUCCCAUCCUGCCUCUAUUACACCUCAGUUUCCUCCUGAUGACCCAAGGUUAAAGUUUAUUUGUCAUACUCUAGAUCCCCGCAUCCAUUUUGCUCUGGUGUGUGGAGCUAAGUCAUGCCCAGCCAUAAGCGUAUACAGUGUGGAGAAUAUCGACUCUGCCUUGGAUAAGGCCACGAGAAAUUUCUGUGGCCAGGAGGUGGAGAUUAAGGCCAGAGGUGAUGAGAUUGCCAUCUCUAAGCUGUUCCAGUGGUAUAGGUCCGACUUUGGGAAAGAUGACAUUGAUGUGCUUAAGUGGAUCCAGAAUUAUUUAGGGCCAUCAGAGCAGGAUAAGUUUAGCAUCAUUGUACUCAAGCUAGAGAUGAUGGGGCAUGUCAACAUUAGCUACAGGGACUACAACUGGACUAUAAAUAAAUAAUCUCUUUGGACCAUAAUCUUCAACUUACAUUCCACUUGUUGGAAAUUCUUUUGAUUUUGGAUUCAAAAGUUUGAUUUUCUCUUCACAUUCUUUAAUGUAUUCUUGAGUCACCUUUGUUAAACAGCACUUGUGCUCCCUGUUAAUUUGAUUUUUGUAUGUAUUACUUAAGAGUAAUAAUUUAUUUGAACUUUUGUAUCCCAGUACGAAAGGCCAGUAUAAUUUUUUUUUGGCCUUGGUUGUUUAUUUCAUUAUAUGUGAGAAUGAGUAUAUAUACUAUCUAGUUCUUUUUUCCCCGUACAUUUUGAUUAUUUGUUUACUAAUAAAAUUAUAUAUUGAAUUGUUGCAUUUAUUUUGAGCUGAAAAAAAAAAAAAAAAAAGAAUCAAAAGCCACUAAGAAUCAAAAGAUGCAAUUGAAAAAAUAAAUCACCCCAGUAAAAUAGAAUACAAUUUUUACAAUGUUGACAGGGAUUUUUCUCAUGUUGUUAUUUAUCUUUUGAGGUGUACACAUAUUCUUAUUCUUUAAUUGUUGUGUUAACAAUUACAAACAUGUUGUAACUUAGCAAUGCAUUUUCACAAUUGUGUUCAGCUGCAAUGCUUGAUGACUAGAUUUUUGCUAAUAAAUUUACCUGUAUGCCUAUUUGAAACAAAAAUGUGUUUACUUUUUAUUGAAAUGUCAUUAGAUUUAGUGAUAAAUUAUUUCACAGCAAUAAUUUCCUUUGAUCCCUGUAAUGUUUCAAGAAUGACAAUAAAUUUUAUGAAUUUUUUUUUUUAAGUAAGCUUUGCCAUUGUAAAAGAAUUUUAAUCAUUCUUAGCUUCUGUAAAAAUUGUAACUUGUUUGUAUAGUAAUUGUAAUAGUAUUUGAAACAUCAGUUUUACUGGUUAAGAAAAAAAAAUUUACAUUUUUUUGUUGUAAUCAUAAUGUGGGGUAUGUUAAUUAUUAAGUGAAUAAAAUGAGAUAAUUUAUUUGCUGUGCUCAAUGCAUUUGUGUAAAAUUAAAAUGCUUAUCUGCCUUAAUACUCUUAUAAGAAUGUAUACCUUGACAUUCCUUGCCUUUAUCUUUCUUGCACAAUGUGGAUGUCUCCAGCAUUAAUCUAUCUAUAUAUAUAAUUCUCCUCUUCGACCGGUUAGAAAACAAGCUGCAAACACUCUCCCUACCUCCCCACCCCUACAUGGUUUUAGUGAGCUGUGUUCACUCUAAAUGUUUACAAGCAGAGCCAACGAUUUUAAACGUAGGGGGUGGGGGGGUUAUGGUCCUUAACGAGCUACUUAUAGUGUUUUAAAGAAAUAUUUUCAGUGUCAGCGUUGGUACUGUCGAAUUCACAAAUUAUGAAUUACUGAAAAUUAGAAACAACUAAAUAGCGGCGUAUGUUAUGCAGCGGGCCGGCUCGUUAUAAUUAAUUUUCUUCUUUAAUUAAGGUUAAUUUUGUACACAUUUAUUUCUUAACACCCAAUAAUAUUUUUAUUAAAAUUAUUACUGUAUCUAUUUAGGAGUUUCAUUCUGUAGUUAGUCAUGUAAAUAUAGAAUAAUUUUAUUGUUUUACUACAGAUCAAAUUAUAUGCAUAUAUGUAAAAUUUUGUAAACAUUUAAAAUCGUUGGGUGUAUUUCUAUUCAAACAUUUGUUAAUAUUUUAUUUGUAUUAGAAUUCUUAAUUCCAAUGUUGUUAUAAAAAUAUCAACACAGGGUUUGAAAUUCUUUCAAAAUUGCUUUUGGGUGUUUUGUUUUUAAAUUUGGGAAAACUGCAUUGAAUGUUUAAAAUACACUUUUUUGUGAUUUGUACAGUAAUAUUUACACAACUAUUUCUUUGUGCAAUCAAAAAUGUUUGUACCUUAACAAAGAUAUACAAUACACAUUUAUUAUUCAGGUAUCUAAUACUUUAUUAUUUCUCUAUAUUUUUUUUUCAUAUUUUUUUUGUGCACACAUUUUUAAAAAUUUACCCUGAAAAUUUUACUUGUAAAGUUUCCUUGUAUAGGUCUGAUCAGCUUGAGUUAAAAUGUAGUUACCAAAUUAGUGUGGGCCAAUACCCUGGUUCUAUUACUUUCUCUGUUGUUAGGUACCAAUGAUUGAUUCAUGGAAAAAUUAUAGUUAACACCCACAGAACAUGGUGUUUCUGGACUAGUAACAGCUCAGCUUGAUGACUAAUAUUACUGAAAUGAUAAAUUUGUUCUUACCAUUCCAAUCAGCUGGUUUAGUAAUAUUGGAGUAAUAUUUCAACAGGGUUUCCUCAUUUUAUUUUGAAUCUUUACAUUUGUUGUGUAAUCUUUUUCUUUUGAUCAUUUUUAGACUUUUUAAUAAAAAA